AUGUACUGCCAUGUAGUUAGUUGCUACCGCGGGAUCGAUGGCCCCCGCCGUUCUCCAACUUUCCCCAACAUCAACCCUUCUUCCUCUCUCCAUCUCCACCCACAAGCUGCCUCGGUCUCUGCCUUCAAGGCGCAAGGCAAUGCUACAGAGCCUAGCCUCAACUGCAUUUGGAUAGAUGCCGUUCCCGGGAACCCCGUCUCCAUUUCGCCUAUCGCGCCGCCAACCAUCGACGCCUUCCCGAACCCCGGCUCCGUCGCAUACCUCUCUUCCCCACCUCAUCGACAGCGAGAGGUGAUUGAAGACUCCGAUAAUGACGAUGUAUACACAGAAGAAGGAAACCUCCAAUAUGAACGCGACAGGGAAGAACCGGCCGGUGAUGCUAUCAAUAGCACGCCUCCAGGUGAACCCGUUACGCCCGGACUCUUCGAUGCGGAAUUCGACGCAAUCUUUGCGCCAGAAAGGGUUGGCAAGAAACGACGCCGGCUGGAGACAAGUGAAAGGCUUUCACUAGGUCAAAAAUCAAGACAGCAAGACCCAUUGCCUCCGCCAUCACCGGAACCGUGUCAGCGACCGCCGAUUUCGCUCGACUCGCCUGCUCCCCAACCAACAGUUAGUGCAAUGCCCCGAGAAAUCGCCUUACAAGGGACGCCCGCUGCUCGCAGCAAAUUCAUCGGCCCGGGGACAUCGACGCCUAGUACGAUGAACACACCAUUUCGCAGCAAGCCCCGGUUUAUGCUCUCGAUGAAGAAACCACCGAACACGCAGCCUACAUUCCGAGGCGAGACACCAUUCGCUUCUCAGCCCGCCUCGCCGCCAGAAAGACGUAAACCAACUUUCAUCCUUCCCCGCUCUCCAUCGCCUUCUGCUGCAGCGCAAGAUAUACCGGCCCCUUUCUCUCCUUCCUCACGCGCACUGCGUCGUCGCGGUCGACCUCGCGCGGGUGCUGAGGUUUAUGCACCGGGUGGAAUGGCCGCGGAAGUUCGCAGCUGGAUUCUAGAAAUGGGUUCGAAGCGUGAUGCAAUUUUGAAUCCAGCCCUGCAACCGAAUCAGAACCGCGACAUAAAGCGGUACCUGCUAGCUGUCCGUGUCAUACAUGCCAAUCAGGCAGUUCUCAGUAGUUCUGGCCCGUUGGCCUUCAUCCAAGCCGAGAAGAUAGUCGAUGGAUCCCAGUCGGAAGGAGGUGGAGGUGAAAUUAUCCAUAUUAUGACAAUGGGACUGCCGCGAUCCAAGCCACCGUCGCGUGAAACUGACUCGCGUUCUGAUACCGUUCAGGCUGUCACCAUACAGACAGGUGAUCUACUGGGUAUACAUCAGGGCCUUGCUUGGAAUCUCGAGCUUCAUGGGUUCCAGCAAUUGAGCUCUUUGUCGUGUCCAGUCGAAGUACCUGGGUCACUUUCCCUUGAAGAUGGCGAAGGCAGCUCUUCCAAAAAGGAAUGGCUUAUCGCUAUGGAGUGGGAUAUUCUCGAAGCCUAA